UGGCUGUGCCGCGUGCGGGAUACAUCAACUCCAUGGCACAUGUGUGGAUUAUUGUUACCAUUUUGUUUAUUACCGGAGCCAACGGGGACACCCAGCAUCACCGAUGCCACGUGUGUCUGUCAGAGACCGCCUCGGACGUCGAGAUAGACAGGGUGUUCCCCGGGGCCAAGCUGGAGUCUUGUACUCGCUCCAGUGAGAUUAUGGUCUGUCCCGACAACUACAGGGGAUGCCUCACCCAGAGCAAAGGAGACCAAGUGAUGAGGACCUGUGCCCAGCUUGCGGUAGACGCUUGCAGAUGGGCCAAUGGGGUUGAGUACUGCUAUUGUAUGGGGGAACUGUGUAACGCACCUCCUCCUAGAUCACUGCCUCCAUCUGACGACGAAGACAUCCUGGACAACCUAGAAGGCAGUGGUUCACACGAACCUCCUGCAACUGAAGAAUCCACCACUACCACCACGGCCAUUCCUGUCGUCAUCCAAAAAGAAUUGCCGGCUUCAAGAGGUGUGACUGUUAAUACAUCGUUGACCAUAUUGACACUUUCAGUUCUCGUACUCGUUUGGAGGUGACUGUGUGAUAAUUGACAUAUUUUAAACUGUGAUAAUUAAUUUGUGAUUGAGUGCGCAUUGUGAGUGAGUGAAAUGUUUGUCAACAUCUGUUUAUUGAGCAUUCACAAACAUUUACGACGUAUGUAUAGUAUUUAUGAAGUAUAUGUAAUAGAGAGAGUUAAAGUAGGUGUUGUGUGUCGUGUCUAGAGUCUUAUGAAUAAUUGGCUUAGAUACUCAUUACACAGAUUAUUGUUAUAUUGCCACAUAAAGAGGCUUACGUACAAUGGACAUAGGCCUACUGCAGUCAUGGACAGUCAACCUAAGAAAGGUUGAGUUGGUUAAAAACGUAUGAAGUGAUAACAAUCACGGUAAAUGAGACAUUUCAGAUUAAAUUGACUAAAGCUACCCAAGCACAUGUUAUACGUAUUAUUUUAU